CUUGCUCUCCGGGGCUACCGUAACCAUUUUUUCUGAACCUCUAGGACAGAAGACUUGGGAGGCUUACUUAGCCGAGGACCAAAAUGUCUGACGGAGAGGCUGCCCCCGUUGUGGCUGAGGCCGCUGCCCCUGCCGAGCCGAUGGACAUCAACACGGCCGUGCAGAUGGUCCUGAAGAAGGCUCUGGCUCACGAUGGCCUUUGCCGCGGCCUGCACGAGGCCUGCAGGGCCAUUGAGAAGGGCCAGGCCCAGCUGUGCAUCCUUGCUGAGGACUGCAACCAGCCCGACUACAAGAAGCUCAUUGAGGCCCUGUGCGCCGAGCACAACGUCAACCUGAUCUCCGUGCCGGAGAACAAGCAGCUGGGCCAGUGGUGCGGCCUGUGCAAGAUCGACCCCCAGGGCGAGGCCCGCAAGGUGGUCGGCUGCUCGUGCGCCGUCGUCACCGACUACGGUGAGGAGACCGCCGGCCUGUCCAUGCUGCAGGAGUACCUCAAGAGCCGCUAAACGCUGCACAACAGCAGCAGCGGCGGAGCGCGUUUUGCAGAAGCAGCCUCAGUUGGGAGGAUGCGCUGGCUAGCAGCAGCGUGUCCCUCUUACUACGAAUGUAGGAGGGGUGUAGCUGCUGCUGGUUGCGCUGCUAUCGCAGGCCAUCUGUAACGCCGAAAACAACAGUUUGUCAGUCCCAA